CAUCCACAAGGUUUAUUCAUUGGACUCCAAAAGCCAUUGCAGCUUUUAAGAAUGGGCAACACUUUAAGAGCAAUUAUAGCCUUUCUCCCAUCUGAUGAGUGCCAGAAAUACAUCCUGGGGGACCUUGAAGAGAUGCCAAUUGAUAAAAUGUUGGAUCUGAGUGGCAGGCAAGUGAGACGGUUUCCUUUGUGUGUUUGCUCUUUCAGGGAGCUGGUCAAGCUGUACCUGAGCAACAACAAGCUGAAUCAUCUGCCCCCUGAGCUAGAACAGUUACAGAACCUUCAGAUCUUGGCACUGGAUUUCAACAACUUUCACACACUACCCCGAGUGGUGUGCACCUUGAAACAGCUGUGUAUCCUGUAUCUGGGCAAUAACAAGCUGGGAGACCUGCCCGCAGAGAUGCAUCAGCUCCAAAACCUCAAGACGUUAUGGAUCGAAUCCAACUGCCUGUAUCACCUGCCCAAUGUGGUGUGUGAGCUGAAGCACCUGAAGACACUGCAUGCUGGAUCCAAUGCACUGCGCUCUCUGCCCGGACAGCUACAGUAUCUGAAGGAACUGCGUACUAUCUGGCUCUCCAGCAACUGGCUGACCGAUUUCCCACCAGUGCUUCUGCACAUGCCCUUCUUGGAAGUGAUUGAUGUGGACUGCAACGCCAUUCAUGAUUUCCCCAGUCUCAUCCACCUGAGUGGUUUGAAAUUGGUGAUCUAUGACCACAACCCCUGUAGAAAUGCACCCAAGGUGGCGAAGGGCGUGCACAGGGUUGGGAGAUGGUCAGAGGAAAGCCCUGAGCCUAGGAAGCGAUCUGGAAUGGACAAGGACAAAGGAAUCGAAGACAUCAACUCCCUUCUGCCUCCCCCUCCCCCUCUCUCCUGCAAACAGUCCAAUUAAGGAGCAAGACCACAUUCCUCAGCCUCCAGAGACCAGAGAAUUGUUGGUGCCUACAGCCACCUCUCAGAAAUGUAGAAUAGGAUGCUUGAGCUGGCUUUUGUUCUUGCAGGCUUGCAUGAAGGUGGCAUUGGCAGAAUAUCACUUGUUCCAGUGGUAUGUAUGUGUCUGUCUGCCUGCACAUGCAGAGUAGCUGUGUGAACACUUGUAGCAAAUGUGUAGUUGAAAAUAUAGUUCAGAACAGAGGCAGCAAUAAUGCAGCUGUAAUGUUAUAUAACUGCUUCUUUUCCCAAGAAUCCAAAUGGAAGGCUAAAGCAAUGCACAGAUGAAUCAGAUGUCGGGACAGACAUUUUUUAUUUAACAGAAUGUGGAUGAAUUUACUGCCUGUUUUUUUCCCCCUGUUAAAUAAAAUACAGCGCUAGACUCAGCAUUACAGGCAUUGUCUAGAAGCAUUCUGAAAACAUUUUGAAGCCUUUCAUCCUGUUUGUAAUUAUUAAUUAAUACAAGUAAGCAACGUCUCAAACUAUUUGCUAUGUAAAUAAGGCCUUUGGGUUGGGAUUAACUGAACUCAGUCAGAUCCUAAAAAUGUUCUUAAGAAGAGUUAUUAAAGUCUGUUUGGAAAAAGAACGGUUCAGCAUUUUUCUCUCUCUCACUUUAUUUAGGGUUUACCAUGCUUCCAUUUAAUGUAUUUAUACCCAUCACGCGUUAAUUACAGUUCAGCUGAGAAAUAUUUAAACUUUUAAAAAAAAAUGCUGUUUAUGGAAAGUAAAUCUCAGAAAGUAAACCUACUCUAACUCACUGCUUGACUUUCUUGUCAUAGCUCUCUGUAUCUAAAGCAUCCAGGUCAGAUGUGAAUCUCAUUUUUUCAGACUAGGGCAGCAUUUUAACCUACCUAGGUGUGCGUAUGAUCUCUUGAGGAUUGCAGAAAAGGGAGAUAGCGAGUGACACAGUGACUUAUUGGAUAGGCAGAGCCAAUGUUUUUCAGCAGGGGUGGGGAGGGAAUGAAGGAUGGUGACUUAUUUUUCUUUGCAGACAUGUUCACUUUUAAAUGGAAACAUUUUGCUACUGUAAUUUGGUGGCAGGAGCUUGGCAUAUUUUUGAGGCUGAAAAUUGAGGCCCGAGAGGCUGCAGAUGGCCAUGAAAUGCUCAUCUAUUGCUGGUUUCUCUGUAGCGAUUGCGUUUCCAUAAUUUUAUGCAGCAAUAUUGAUACACUGUGGGUAUUCCAGAACCCAGCACUGUUCCUUCAUAAAUUAGAUCAUCAGUGUUAAUAAAUAACAUGCUUUUCAUCUAGGUAGGGAUGGGCAACUUCAGGUAUCAAGAGUAGCAACAUCACAGAAUAAUGUGUAAGUUCACUGGAAGACCUGUUUUUUUCCAGGCUUUUUUGCGUGGCUGUUAAUGGUGGGAAUGGGAGGCCCCUGAGUGGCUCAUGACUAAUAUUCCUCUCCUUAAGCCUCCAACUUAAAGAAAAUGCCUGAAACCAUGCCAUCAAAAUUGAGGAAUGUGAUAAUCAACUUGCCCAGGGAUACAUGUCCACAUUGCAUCCAUCCUUGAGGGUAUAACUUCACUUCUUAGACAAGACAACUACAUUAAUCCAUGCCUCUGUAACUUCCAGGACUGAAUUGCUGCAAUGUCCUCUACCUAGAAGUUUCAACUGACACAAAAUGCUACUUCGUUUCUGAAAAUCUACUGGGAGACAUUUGUAUAUUUAAUGUAUUAGUUAUUAUUUAUUCCUAACUCCUUUCACUCACUUUUAUUUUAAAAAACCUUGCACCAGAUGGGACAUGCCUUGCUUGGGGACCUAGCUCUCACCUACUAUUAGGUAUUUUGUAAGUCUACCAAACAAUUAAAAGUUACUCACUUUAAGUCAGGGUUCUAGAAUUAAGGAGCUUCCUUCCCAAGAAGGGUUCGAAGCUAUAUAUAGCAGGAUGCAAAGUAUGUCCAACCAGGUACUCCUCUGUGGCCAUCAGUGGGUGGGGCCCAACAUGGGUUCCUUGCAAAUACUUAGGGCUCCCAUUUCAGAAUGGAGUCCUUCCAAUGCGACACAAAGCCCGAUGUAGCCAUCAUGUUGUCAGUUACAUAUGACACAGAAAGCUGCAGUACACCAGGACAGAACACUGACAUAUCAAGUUUCACAAUAAUUUUAUGCUGAUGAGCUUUUCUAGAGUGAUACAAGCAAGACUCUUUCCUAGCCAUGAGAGAUGUCAAGAGCUGCACCUGAAAUCUUAUUUGCUCUGAGUUUUCAUAUAGCCUGCAAGAAUAUUUUUUCUACUUAUGAAAUAAAUGUAUUGUUCUCAGCCUUUGAAGCAGUGUCAAAUAUGUAAUUUGUGUAUUUUCUCCACCCUAAGUGCUAUUCUGUUUACAAAUACAUUCUUAAGGUGAAAGACAUCUCAUUUAUUUUAUUCAGAAAUAUACUUCUGCCUGCCUGAGGAUAAAAAUAGCAUUUUUUUCUCUUUUCUUUCAACCUCUUGCAAAUCUUUCUCCAGGCUUCUAGGCUGCUUCAUGUAUCUUCAAAUGUUGGCUAAACCUUCAAACUUCUAUGCCAAAUGCAUCUGUUCUGACUGACACUACUAUGAAACUAUCAUUCUGAGGGUUAAAGUUCACUCUCAAUUAUACAUUGAAAGAAAAUUUCUAUAAAAUGGUGUACCAUUGGUAUUUGACAUCAGAUAAAUUGUCAGAGAUGUAUAAAGGAACCUCAAAUGUUGGAAAUAUAAUCAAUGUGAAGGUAUAUUCUAUCACUUAUGGUGGACUUGUGAAAAGGCUAAGAAAUACUGGAAUAUAUGU